AUGGUUAUAUUUAAUGUUAGUCGGUAUUUGUGUAGAAGAUAUUCAUCGGCACUUUAUAUAACGGGCGACAAGGCUCAGAAUGCGUAUGCAGUGCUUGUUCCCUUAAUUGAUUUUGAAGUAAGCAGCAAGAAAAAGCUAGAAGAAAGUAUUCAAAUUAGAAAGCUUUCAAUCAAUUUGUCCAAAAUAGAAGAGAGAUGGUCCUUCUUUAAGAUGAUUGAAGAGAAGAAGAAACUGUUGGACGAAACGCGCGCGUUUAUUGGAAAAUCUUUGGAAAAAUUAAUAAAAAGUGAUCCAGAAAACUACGAGGAAAUUGAAAAACUUAAGUUGCAUUUGAGAACUGUGAAAGAGGAUUUUAAACACACAAGAGAACUGUGUUAUGGUAUUGAGGAUAGUGUGGUUUUACAAGUGUUGGAUUUGCCAAACAUUUUACACCCAAACACUCCUCAAAAUUCAGAGUUGGUAUUUUACAGAAAUCAUGAAAAUGUUAACAAACUUUCUGAUAGCCAUAUGACGAUUGGGGAAAAAAGUAACUACAUUAAAUACCAUAACCCAAUGGUUUGUUUCCUCAAAUAUGAUGCGGCCCAGUUUGAGCUUGGAAUCCAAAAUUAUUUUCAAACCUUGUUACUUAAAUUGGAUUAUACUCAAUUUUCCAAUUCAGAUUUUGCAAGGAGCGUGGUAGUUGAAGGUUGUGGCAUGGAACCCUCUAAUCCGUCCCAAGUGUUUACAAUGGAAAAUAUACAUUGUGUAAAAAACAGUGUCGUUAACAGGUUACAUUUAGUGGGUGCCGGUUCUUUGGCUUCCUUCAUGGCAUAUUUUACAAAACAUCAAUUACAGCAUCUUCCAAUCAAACUAUUUUCUAUUGGGCGAAUAUAUCAGCCCGUGUCAGAUUCUUCUAAAAGUUUCUUUAAUUUGAGUCAAACUUCAAAUGUUACUCUAUUCACCAUUUUAGAGGAAGACCGCGAUGUUUUGGACACGAUAACGCAACAAAUUAUGUCGAUUUACGAAAAGUUAGGUUAUGAUUUUCGAGUCGUUUUGAUACCGGCCCGUAAGCUUACCAAAGCGGAAAGUUUAAGGGUGAGCAUUCAAAUGUUUUCCAAUCAUAUGGGCGAAUAUGUCGAAGUAGGGGGAGUUUCGUUUUUCGACGAUUAUUUAAGCAAGCGACUGCUCGUGAAUUACACGUUAAAUAACGAGAGGCAAUACCCGAAAAUCGUUGCCGGAUCAAUAGUUAAUAUCCAUAAACUGUUGGGCUGCGUACUUGAAAACAAUGCCGCUACAGGGAAAUCGUUGCUGACUGAUAUAAUUAAGGCCAAUUUAUAGUGAGUUGAAAAUAUAAUCGCUGCAUUAUUAA